GUUUUGCCUUUCGCUGUAGGCAAACAGCGUAGUUGGCGAGUCGAGGGCGCUGGCGUUGUUUACAUGUGAAACUUGGGCACACAACGGGACGUGCACUAGCUGAACGUGAGCCACAUUCUGACUGACCAGUGGUCAAGCAGACGGCAGUCCUGCAGCAUGACGGUAUCAACUCAGUCCAACGCCUCCACGGACAGCGAAUCUCUGGAACCAGUCUGCAACAUUUAUUACUCCAAAAGGUUGUCCAGUCACCAGCCAGCCCGCGUGUCCUGGAAACUUGUGUCCAUCCUUGAGUUCCUGCUGGUCAUCUUCCUGGCCGCCUCACUGGUCGCCGUUUUCGUCUCACGUGAAGACGGUCCGGUUAAGGCCGGAGACGACCUUUGCCCCGGCCUUGACCCCGUGGAUAGCCUGGAGCUGUACAGAUCUAACGACAGCCUGUUCUCAGAGCUGAGCCAACAGGAGGUCACCAGCAUUGUCCACUUCCUGUUUAACCAACGUCAUUUGAACCUGACUGCUUUCGGCUCGGCUCAAAUCACCAGCAACUACAUCCAUCUGAUGGAGAUGCUGCUGCCGCCCAAGAAAGCAGUUUUAGCUUACCUGGCAGGGAGCGGCCCAAAACCUACCAGAAUGGCGCGAGUGUUUAUAUUCAAGGGGGCGGCGGCCGAGAAAGUAGUGGAGGAAUAUUUAGUAGGGCCUCUGCCUAACCCGACUCAACUAUCGCUGAUGAAUUCCGAGGGUCGGAAGACGAGCAUCCCCUACACGAACCGGCCGUAUUCCUCCAUAGAGCUUAAAGCCUUUGUAAAAACGUGUCUGCCGCGAGUGGGCAGCAUUACAGACAGACUUCUGCGAGAGAGCUACGAGGCCAGCCUCUCCAACUGCGGGCAGCAGUGCCUCAAGUUCCUCAUCAUGCCGGUGACCAGUGCUUUUCUGGAACCCGGGAGGCGCAAGUCUUGGGUGUGGUUCGCCUACGACAUCGAGUUCUACACGCUGCACCCCCUGGACUUUCAGUUUCUGGUGGACAUGACGGAUGUGGACCCGGCACUGUGGCAGGUACAGAAGAUCUUCUACGCCAACCAGUUCUUCGACAGCCUGGAAGAGCUCAUGCUCAAGUACAACUCGGGAGUCAUCAACAAAACCAGGAUCAGUUUUCCUGCGCCCGGGGAGAGGGAGUACGGCGCGGUCAAGCUGAGGGGGGAGCCCGUGCCCCGGGACUUGAAGCCGCCGCCCCAGCAAGUCCAACCGUCCGGCCCACGACACAGCAUCAGCGGCAGUAGAGUCCAGUACAUGGACUGGGGGUUCAAUGUCCGCAUCUCCCCGACCCAGGGGGCGCAGCUGCUGGACGUCCGCUACAAGGGGGAGAGAAUCGUGUAUGAGCUGAGCCUGCAGGAAGUUGCUGUUCUUUAUUCCGGACACUCCCCAGCCUCCAGUGUUUUGUACUUCGCUGACAGCGCCGCCUUGUUUGGUGCGCGCAUGCGCGGCCUGAUGCCGGGGGUGGACUGCCCCGACUACGCCACCAUGCUCGACGCCCUAGUCUACAGCUCCAACGACCGCGGGAUGGCGCGCCUACAGAACUCGCUGUGUAUCUUUGAGCACAGCACGGACACGCCCCUACGCCGACACAGAGCCUAUGGGAUGACCGGCGCCUUCUACAACGGACUGGUCGACCAGGUCCUCAUCGUCAGGAUGGUCAUCUGCAUCAUCAACUACGACUACGUCUUCGACUACAUCUUUCACAACAACGGCGCCAUAGAGGUCAAGGUCUUGGCUACCGGUUACCUGACAACCAGCUUUUACUUCCCUGAAGAAGAGCCGUACGGCACACGGAUAAGCCGGACGGUGGUAGCCGGACUGCAUCAUCACCUGUUUCACUUUAAAGCGGACGUGGACGUGAAAGGGACCGCCAACAGGUACCGCACCAUUGACAUUGGCACUGAGCUCAAACACAAACAAUGGUCCAACAACUCGGCUCACACGCAGAACGUGCUCACCAGACAAGAGAAGCGGACGGAGCGGGAAGCUCUGUACUCACACAACUUCAACCACCCCAAGUACCUGGUCUUCUACAAGAACCAAGACUCAGCCCUCGGCAACUCCCCGGGCUACAGGCUCAUCCACAAGGGGCUGACCAAGACCCUGCUGCCGGAGGGGGUGGGGUUCGAGCGGUCAGUCAGCUGGGCCCAGCACCAGAUGGCCGUGACGCGACACAAGGACCACGAGAUGGCCAGCAGCUCCAUCUUCGCCAUGUGGGACGCCAGCGACCCUGUGGUCAACUUCAGGGACUUCUGGCAGGACGACGAGAGCAUCGUUGAUGAGGAUCUGGUGGCGUGGGUGACCCUGGGCGCCUACCACCUGCCCCAGACGGAGAACGUCCCCCACACCUCAACCACGGGCACGGCGCUCUCCUUCUUCCUCGUCCCGUUCAACUACUUCAGCGAGGACCCGUCUCUGUCGUCACGUGAUGGGGUCAGGGUCGUACCACGUGAUCCAAAGAACCCAAUGAACGGCGCGCACGUUGACCGCAACAAUAUGACUCAGCACUUCAACUGCAGAAACCAGCGAACAGACGAGGCUUUGUUUGUCAACUCCACUUCUUUGUUCCGUUUCGACGAACCCGCGGACAAUUUUUAAAGCAUGUUUUGGAAACAAGGGUCUAAAAAAACCUCUCAGGUACCAGGAUGGGAGGGGCGUGAUUUUGGAAACAAGAUUUUAAAAAAAAACAUUUUCUCAAGGGGAGUUGCUUGUGAGAAAAACGCAGUUUGAAAUCACGGAAACAAAUUUUAGAAGCAUUAGAGUUUACAGACGAUUGUGAGUCGGAAAGACGCGCGUAAAAAAGCAAAUACUUUUCCAGAUCAGGUGCAUGUGUUUGAUUUCGUUACAAUAGUGCAUGCUUGGACUGACAUUUCGCUCGGUUCUUGUGGAGUAAGCUACAAUGUAAAAAAUGAGUCUGUUAUCUUAGAAACGUGUGCACAACUGUACACAUCAUCGGCAGGACAAUUUGGAAUUGUGAACAUGGAUUUUAAAAAACCUCUCCCUGGGGG